UUACCGUCAUACGGCCUUCCAGAGUGAGUUCACACAGGCACCGGCCCUCAGCGCGCUCGUGGGGAAAGUGGGCGCGAGCGUGCCGGAGGAGUUCGCUCGCGCCGCGGCUCAGGAAGGAACUUCGACGCUCAACUGUCCCAGCAAGACCAAUGAACGCCAAACUGGUCAUGUUUCUUAAACCCUAGCCCACGAAACACCUGGAAUAUCGCGUCAGCUGAUUCCAUUUCAACCCAACACACCUUAACAUGCCCCACUCCUUCUGCUAUUGACCUUUGACCUCUGACAGCAAUGGCGGACCGCUCGGUGGCUCCAGGUCAGACGUACAUAGAGGUGGAGUAUGACUACGAGUACAAAUCCAAAGACCGUUUGAUCACCAUUAAACAGGGGGAAAGUUACGUGCUUGUGAAGAAGUCCAAUGAAGACUGGUGGCAGGUGCGCAAGGAUGAGGCCACUAAACCCUUCUAUGUCCCAGCGCAGUAUGUGCGGGAGGUGCGACGUGCUCUCAUGCCCCCUCCUAAACCCCUCGGUGCAGCAGGCCGAGGGGGGACUGGACCCAUUCGACCAUCUGGCCUGGAGAUUCAGCGUCCAUAUGACAACAAAAAGAGCCCGUGUCCCUCUCCCUCUGGCAGUGCUUUACUGCCGCCCAGGGAUGACAGAGGCAGCCCGGGCAGCCCGACCACGCUCGUCCCCCCCACACAAAUGAACACUUCACCUGGCUCACUUCCUCGUUCCAGAGCCGAGUCCCCAAGUCACAAAGUAGAUGGAGAUAAAGAGUUAGAGAAGAGCAGUCGAGGACUGGAAAAAGAUGCAAUUCAUGAAGAGUUUGCCAGAGAGGGAGGCGGCUUGGAUAAGAACCGAAAUGAUUCAGAAUCCGGGGAUGAUCUCAGCAGCGGUUCAACUGAUAACCUACAGAUUUUAGGUUCAGGGCAGGGCAGGCCUGGCUCUCCUGUCUACACAAACCUACAGGAGCUGAAGAUCUCUCAGUCCUCCACCCCUCCACUGCCGUCCUCCUUUCCGCUCCACACCAAUGGCGACUGGGAGACUCACAAAGACCAGAAUGGCAGACACUUCUACUACAACCGCAGCACGCAGGAGAGGACCUGGAAACCCCCACGGGCACGGGACAGCUUCACCAGGAAAGAGGAGAAACAAGACAUGACUGACACUGAGGUUCUGUCCUCAGAGGAAAACUGUCUGAGCAGCCAAUCAGACAGCCAGUACGGUUCGCCCCCUAGAGGCUGGUCUGAGGAAAUGGAUGAGCAUGGACACACUCUCUAUGUGUCUGACUAUACUAAUGAGAAGUGGUUGAGACACACAGACGAGCGAGGCCGGCUGUAUUACUACAGCGCAGAUGGCUCCAGAUCUGAGUGGGAACUUCCUAAAAUCGGUCUCAAAUCACAGUCUAACCACUCAGCUCUGCUACCAGGAGAUGCGCACAAAACUCGUAGUCUUGACCGGAGACUGCCUGAUUCCAUUCCUAUCAGAACGAGACACAGCGUAUAUUUACACGAGUCCAAUGACAAGUUAAAACAGAAAUCCGUCAAGGACCGGCGAACCUUACCCCCGCACCGCAAAAGCACCUUCCGCUCUCACCCUUAUAGGCCACAAGACACCAAAACUGGCUCACCUGACUCUGACUCCUCCUGUCCCUCCUCUCCUAAAACCCCACACUCUCCAUCAGAGAAAUGUGGCACUUUAAACAUGACUAAAAUCACUGAACAUGGAAAGAAGGUCCGGAAGAACUGGACCUCCUAUUGGACAGUUUUGCAGGGUUCUUCACUACUAUUUAAUAAGGGCCAAGGGGGCGGGACUGGUUGGUUUGGAAGAGACCAGAAGCUGGAGUUUAGUGUGGAACUCAAAGGCGGUUCAGUAGACUGGGCAUCUAAAGACAAAUCCAGCAAGAAACAUGUUCUAGAGCUGAAGACUCGACAGGGCAUGGAGCUCCUCUUGCAGUCAGACAACGAGAGCCUCAUCAAUGAGUGGCACAAGGCUUUGACUGAAGCCAUACACACAUAUGCUUGGGAGUCUGAUGAGGCCAUUGAAGAAGACAUGCCAGAAUCUCCUGACACUGAGAAACAUGACAAAGAAAAAGAGCAAAGAAACUCCAAGAAGGGCAGAGAUAUUAAGAAAUCCGUAAGCAUGGAUAAUGCAGAACAGAAGAAGAAGACCAAGCUGAUGAAGCUCCUCACAGGCAGACCCACUUUACAGGCCGUCAAAGACAAGGGUUACAUUAAAGAUCAGGUGUUUGGCUCCAGUUUGAGCAGUCUUUGUCAGAGAGAAAGUACCACCGUCCCUCACUUUGUCUCGAUGUGCAUUGAGCAGGUGGAGAAGAACGGGUUAGGAGUGGAUGGUUUGUACAGAGUCAGUGGAAAUUUGGCCAUUAUACAAAAACUGAGAUUUGCUGUUAAUCACGAUGAAAAAGUGGAUUUAGGGGACAGUAAAUGGGAGGACAUUCACGUGACCACUGGAGCCCUGAAGAUGUUUUUCCGUGAGCUGCCAGAACCUCUAUUCCCCUUCGCUUUCUUCAACAACUUCAUCACCACUAUCAAAAUGCCGGAUUAUAAGCAGAAAGUUCAGGCAGUUAAAGAUCUGAUGAAGCAACUGCCACGGCCAAACCACGACACCAUACUGGCGCUCUUCAAACACUUGAAGAAAGUAAUUCAGCAUGUCGACGAAAACAGGAUGACCACGCAGAGUGUAGCUAUCGUGUUCGGCCCGACGCUCCUACGCCCAGAGGUAGAGACGGCAAAUAUGGCCGUGCACAUGGUCUACCAGAAUCAGAUCGUUGAGCUCAUUCUUAUGGAAUAUGAGACCAUAUUCGGCAGGUAGGUCACACGCACAGGAACCCUUUGACCAAACCCAAUGGGACACAGUUACUGCUGAAGACCGACAGCCCAUUGGCUGCCAGACUGAACACUGAACAUAACGUUUGGUACGUUUACAUGAGGAACACCCGUAUUAGA